CAAAUUCAAUCAGAUCAACUGCGGGCAUCCUCUAACAGUCAGAAGCAGGGACGCUUUAUCUUACUGGGACUGUAACUGAGCUGUUCUAUAGCUUGUUUUUUUUAUUAUUAUUAUUAGUAGUAGUAGUAGUAGUAUUUGAUUUUGUCCAUCGCAUUUUCUUUUUCCUGGAGAAAACUCUGGAGCGUGUUCGUCAUCAUGAAGGAAAGGAGAAAUACGCAACCGCUGGUGGUGAGAUGUAAACUGGUUCUUGUGGGAGAUGUUCAAUGCGGAAAAACGGCGAUGUUGCAAGUGCUGGCGAAGGACUGCUACCCGGAGACCUACGUACCCACGGUGUUUGAAAACUACACAGCGUGUCUGGAGCUGGAGGAGCAGCGAGUGGAGCUGAGUCUGUGGGACACCUCAGGUUCUCCAUACUAUGACAAUGUGAGGCCCCUGUGCUACAGUGACUCUGACGCCGUCUUGUUGUGCUUUGACAUCAGCCGCCCAGACACAAUGGACAGCAGUCUCAAAAAGUGGAAAAGUGAAAUCCUGGACUUCUGUCCAAGCACUCGAAUCUUGCUGAUUGGCUGUAAGAUAGACCUCCGCACCGACGUGUGCACGCUCAUGGAGCUGUCCAACCUGAAACAGACUCCGAUUGCCUAUGAGCAGGGCUCUGCUAUGGCCAAGCAGCUUGGUGCCGAAGCUUAUCUGGAGUGCUCAGCCUUCACCUCGGAGAAAAGCAUUCACAGCGUAUUUCGCACCGCAGCGAUGGCCUGCAUCAACAAGCUGCAGCCCCUCCCAAAGUCCAGCCCCACCCGCCGCCUCUCCAAAAGACUCCUCCACCUGCCCAGCAAGUCAGACCUGCUCUCCUCCUCCUUCAAGAAGGAAAAGACCAAGAGCUGCUCUGUGAUGUGAAGGAGGGCAGGAGGGGCUCCAGGUCCUCGUACGCGACUCCCAGCCCCAGCCUAUUUGGUCUCGGGGAAGGGGGGUGGGCAUGAUGGUUUUAUCAGGGCUCUCCUGCUGAAUCCUUCCCUCACCCCCCCGAAAACCAAACGAACCCUCAGAAGAGGCGGACACUCAGCUGUCCGCUCUCUCCUGAAACCUUCGAGCGCACAUCCGUAUUUUUUUUUAUUUUUUUAUUAUUAGUAUUAUUAUUAUUUCGCUUUUGAAACAAAACUUAAAACGGUAAAGGUUUGGGUCCAUUGAACUUUCUUUAUUUUCCCACCUCUAAACAAACUAGAACAGUGCUCCGUCCGUCUGAUUUUACGCAUCUACAGGCACACCUCGAUUUAGUCCGAUAUGGAAGUGUGCAAUUUUCAAACCUUGUUACAUCAAUGCCUCUCAGAAUAGAUAUUUUUCUAAGUACUUAAAUGAAUCUAGCAUGAAACUGUUGGGGAAUUAGCAAAAAUCCCAUACGUCCCUUCCUAAGCGUGGUGUGUGAGGUGUCGCCUGUUUUACCCUUUCCUGACAAAAGAACAUUAUAAAGAGGGAGAACAGAGGCAGAAUCCACAGAGAGCUUCUCUUGGCCUCUCAGUGGCGAUGCGAGCGGCAGAAGGCAUCAGCGCUGCUGUGCGUUCAGAGUCCAGCCUUCGUCGGUAGAGCCAUGGCUGCAUGGCUGUGAAUGACUGCUCCACGAGCUUCCAGUCGAGCAAGUAGCAAAGGCUGGCGAGGCUCCGGAUUUGUAAAAAUAGCAGCAGACGCAAGACCAGGAAACGUGUGUGGAGGUUUGAAAUGGGCUCCAUUCACUGCAGGAGUCCCUACUUCUGCUAAUGCAUCAGAAAUAGAAAGGCAAAGAGGCUUUUGUUGAAAUCGGCAUCAUAAAAAGCUGUGUGGGUCUUAUUUUCGAGGCUUCACUGCUUCCAGGGUUCAAGGCAGAUUUUAAAAUGUCAGAUCGCCGCCAUUGGGGUCAGAUUGUCAAUUGAUGCUAAAAAUAUGCUUUGUUUCAUCAAAUAUUCUUCAGAAAACAGUUGUAGCAUUGCAAUGAUGACAGUUUUUUUUUUUUUAUUGUUUGCAGUUUGAAAAAUGUCUUUUUAUUUCAUGUUCCCAUGAAGGUCAGUGAGAUUUACCAAUACUGUAAAAUGCCUGUGGAUUUGCAUUGAUCUAAUGUAGCACUCCAAAUGCAACUCCAUUCUUCCAAGACAAAUUAUAGCUCAUGUUUUGCGCACACUUGAAUCUCUUGACCUCCAACAAGCGUCGCUCACUGCUGGCGAGAACGACGACGGAGCAAAAAUCGAACGCUUUUCGUCAUCGGCUUAAAUCUUUGGCUUCGUGGUUGUGUGUCUGUGCAGCUGUGAGUUCUGCGCUUCUGACCGUAAAGCAAUAACGAUUGAAGUGCUUGUGAUACAAGGUGUGGCAAUAAAAGAUGCAGCUUCGUGAUUACUGUCGUGCUCUGGACAGACACGUCAUUGAUUGAAACCAUCUCUGCUGUACAAACCGGCUGCUGAGCUCAUGUCUGCCCGUUCUUCUGUGCAGUCGCUGGUUUUUGGAAGAACCGGUGACAAAAACAAAUAAGGGGGGAGAAGGGAUCACGCUUCUGUUGGCUGAAAACGUUAGGUUUUUUGAUGGCGUAGGAAUUGCAGCGUCUUGCAAAAGUAUUCACAUUGCCGAAACUUUUUCGCAUUCUGACAGUGCAAAAUACUUUGACCAGUUCCAAUCUACAACCUAUGGAUCUAUGUGCAAGGUUGCUGUCCUGCUUGAGGAUGAACCUGUUCCCUGAUCUUAAAUCUUUCAUCUCUAUGCUGUGUGCUGCUGCCACCUCUCUGUGUCUCACCAUGGAGAUGGGGUGUUCAGGGUGAUGUGCAGCAUUGAUUUAGUUAGCCGCAGAUAAUAGUUUAAUUGGCAACCUGCUUUACCAGAGUAUGUUCCUCUCAAUGUUUGCUGGGUCUACUAGAUCUGCCAAAAGAGAGUAAUUUGCAUCCAAAUUAAUAUGAAUGGAGGAGUUUUCAUCUGCAGUUCUGCUGACGUUCAUGUCUUGGUUGCAGUUCUUGGUUACUCUGCUCUAAAUUCAGAUGGUGGGUUAAACAGUGCAGUAAAAUGUAUGUUUGCUAGCAAAUCUGAGGCCUCCACAGAACGGCUGGAUUUAUUCUGGGAUUAGUGACAAUGGUACUGUAUUUUUUUUUUUUUUUUUUACAAUUAGAUUAUUUCAGAGGGUUAUUGUUUAAGCUGGAUGUCGGAGUAAGUGACAUUUAACCCAACUGCUGGUGACCUUUUUUAGAUUUUGAAAUAAAAAUUACGCAUGCUUUCCUCUCCACUUCACAUUAAUGAACUACUCCGCGUAGUUCAUUUGGAUUUCAAAUGAAAUCCAAAUGAAAAACUGUACUUGUCAAAGUACAGACUGAAUGGCUAUGGAUGCUUUUGCAAGGCUCUAUAACUGUUUCUUGAGUGAGUUGGCAAUUACACACUUUUCAAAUUAGAGAUUAACUCCAAAAGUGAACAAUUUUUAAUUAAGGGCUAGUGUGUGAUAAAGAUAAAAAAAAUAAAAGUGGGACUGAGGGGAACAAGUAAUCAAACUGCACAGGCUGGCCCUGUCCAAAGAAAGCUAUUUUUCCAUUCUUCUUUUAUGUGUAUUUUUCACUAUUUAACGCAUGAUGUGAGUUCUCGUUAUCUUGGAAAUAUCUUCCUGACAUGGCUGUUGUGUCUUAACGGUGCUGUGGAUCUCCCCCCCUGCUUAACAGAGCUUGAAGCGGUCGUUUCCACAAAGGCUUCCAAUAUUCAACACCUCGCUACAGUUCGGACUGCGGCUCUCUGUUAUGUAGACGGAUCAUUUCAGUCAACAGGCAGACACCGCCACAUCUAUUACUAAACCAUUAUUUAACAGUUUAUGGCCAAGCUAUCAAAAGAAAAAUGUAAAAAAGUAUUGGCUGAUAUUUUUUGUCUGCAAAGCCUUUCUAUGAUGGGUUGUUCAGGCGGCUCAGUGACCAUGUCAGUUAUUAUGCAGCCCUUGUGUUGUAGUCGAUGUGUGAUACAAAUGGUGCAAUCAAACUUCUACGCAUGUCCUAUUAUACGGUUAUAUAUACUGUCUCUUGUUUUAUAGUUAUGAAAUUAUUGUUCCUGAUGUUAGUAUUUAUUUGGUGGCUAUCUUUGCCCUUUUUUUUCAGUGACAUGUACAUUUGUUUAAAAGCUGUUUUUGAAAUCCUUCCUGUUUUAUUACUUUUGUUUGUGUUUACCGCUGUGUUAAAUAAAGCUUGUCUGGAACAUG